AUGUCAGACACAACCCUCAAGGCGUCUGAAGCCUCCGGACCUCGGGCUGUAGUUACAGAUCAAGCUUCUUCUGGUCCUGUUGAAGGCCCCACCGAUGCCUCUUUUGGUGAGCACAACCUUAGCUUCACCACCACAGACCUCAGCCUGGUGGAGAUGACGGAAAUAGAAUACACACAACUUCAGCAUAUACUCUAUUCCCAUAUGGAGGCCCAGUCAAAUGAAAACGAAGUGGAAAGUAGGUUAAACUCGAAUUGCUUCUCAGCCAACACUGCUGCAAAUCAGUCCCAUUAUUUGUCAUCUAGUAGCAGUCAAGGUGGCUUCUCAUCAAGCAGCUCUGGAAACCAGUCUCUCUACCCCAUUAUCUGCCAGUCUGGCUUGACUUCUGACAGCAGUUUCACGGGACCUAACCAGUGUCUAGGGCAUAUUGACUUUCAAGAGCUAAGGAUGAUGUUGCUUAGUGAAUCUAGCCUUCCACCAGGCCAAGCUGAAAAAGCACCUAAUGGGAGCUCCAUAGAUACCAACGGGCAAAAUUUAGUAAAAUUAAAAUAUAGUGAAACCUCGGGCGGGAUAAAUAAAGAAAAUGUAGUUGCAGAAACUUUAGCAGCAGUUCCUGAAUCCAGAGCCAAAUCUGCAGUCCGUGUUCGGUUAGAAGACCGAUUCAACAGUCUCCAGACUGAAAUUCCCAGGUGCCAAGAAACUCAAGAAACUGGAGUAGCCCUUAACAAUUUAGUAACCCUCAUUCGCCAUCCUUCAGAAGCAAUGGGUGUACCUCUCCACCAGCAGCAGAACAAAUGUACCACUUUAGUGAAAAACAGGACUGCUGCCACUGCGACGGCCGCCUUGCAAUUUACAUGUCCAGUCUUUACAGCAAACACUGCUCCUCCUGCAACUGGAAGCACUAAUGCUGCACAAGCACAGAGCUCUGGAGCCAGUGUGGUAGAAGCAGUCAAACAUCAAGACCUUGCGUUGCCCCGAGCUUUUUCUGUAUGUUACCAGCAAGAAAUUGAAACUAGCAAACAAACAGUUGGUGCCAGAAAUAAAGCUGUACCUGAACAUGUUUGGAUUAAAUUGGGAGGAGAGGCUUUAUGUAAGCAGUCAAUAAAUAGAAGAAGUCGUAGUCGUACCCAUCCCUUGGAUACCAACAUACAGCGCAGGCCUCUCGGUGACAUACAGAAUGUGUGUGAGAAUCAAAACGCUGUCCCAGCUCAGAGUUCAUGGCAAACAGUCCAGCCUGCCCAAAAUACUCACAAUGGAAGCCAAGGCAGCGUCUCCCAACGCCGGGAGAGGCACAACCGGAUGGAAAGAGACAGAAGGCGCAGAAUCAGGAUUUGCUGUGAUGAACUGAAUCUUCUCGUUCCAUUCUGCACUUCAGACACUGAUAAGGCAACAACCUUACAAUGGACAACAGCAUUUCUAAAAUAUAUUCAAGAGCGACAUGGAGAUUCUCUGAAAAAGGAAUUUGAAACUGUGUUCUGUGGUAAAACAGGCAGAAGACUAAAAUUAACAAGAUCAGAUCCCAUAGCAACCUGUGCUGCCCAGGAGAUCACACAGAAUAGUACAUCUACGGACAUGAAAUAAUAUGAAAAGUGAUCCACGAUGUCAAAAUCGAAAUUCACCCACUGGACUUUUCUUAUAACAUGGUUGACAAUAUAUAUAUAUAUAAACACUGAAGAAAUGACAAGUUUAUUCAAAACAAGGAAAAAAAGAACAAAACCAACAAUGUUAAUUUAGUAGAGCUUUUCAUUUGUGGCAGGGCAAAAAUAGCACUCAAGGCUAGUAAAUGCCACACUCCAUCCCAUUUCCAUUUUUGAUUUUGUUUUAUCAAAAUAUUUAAUAAUUAAAACACUACAUAUGUAGCAACCUGUUCUUUUCCCUCUUGAGCAUGCUCAUAUUUAUAUAAAUUAAUAGAAAUGCCACGAGAACCAGUUUUACUAUUGGAAGAAGAAAUGUAAGUAAUUUAUAAACUAUAUAAAAAUGGUAAUUGUAUAUAGUAACUCAGAUUUUUCAUUUGUCAAAGUUCAUACCCUGUAAAACUAAAAUCUAUAGAAAAAGCUGUUCACUAUGCGUUACAAAUACACUACUAUUUUAAAUAUAUUUUGCACUUUCUUAACAACUUCUCAUACAGGAUAAAGGCAAGGAUUAUAUUUUGCACAAACGUCCAUUUAAAUGGAUAGAAAAAAAUGCAGCUGUAAGUUCUGAUGGAAGUCUCAUCAACUUCUCUGGUGUUUUAUGUGACAAUUCCCAUCCUUUUAGUGCAAAAGUGGUAUUUUGUAAAAAUACAUGAAUUUUAAGUGCAGAUAUUUUUUUCCUUUCAUUUUUUAAAAAAUAACUAUUAGCUAUAUAUUUGUUAGGAAAGCAUAUUUAGCAUAUUUAUUUGACAGUGGCUUUAUCAGAACAGAUAAUGCUAAUAAGUAUUCUUGUACAGAACUUACCACAAAAUAAAUACUGUUUAAAUCACGGAUAUUCACACUUGUGUAGCCCCUUUAUUUUCAAUCACCAAAAGAAAAAAAACACAAAACAGAAUCAGCCUAUUAUAAAAUAGGCAGGCACAAUAUUAGAGUUUUUAAAUUUAUUUUUACAAUAAUGUAUACACUCAGUUUUGAUGGCGUUUGUUUUCUGUAUGUUGGGUUUUUAUCAAUACUUAAUGUGGAAAGGGUAUAAUGCGUCAUUACUGAAUAUCCUUUAUAAUACGGGAGAAAUGUUUAAAUUCAUCUCUUAAGAAACAGAUGGCAUGCACAUUUUUUCCUCAAACCAUGCAUUUGCUAAGCAUUCACAUCACAGAGUGAGCUCUAACUAUAUCAUGAUAUCACAUUUGCAGAAUCUGUUUCCAGUGCAGUUGUGGUCAACUCAACACCCACAAAAACGCAGAUGGAUGUCCAACAUGGCUUUUGAUCCAAUAGAUUAAGCUGUUGUGGGCACAAAAUCUUAGGAAGUGAAUUUCAAGGGAAUCUUUGAAUUAUGCACAUUUUAUAAACGGUAGUUUGAAUCAUCCAGUUUGAUUCAAUUCACGCAUUUUACAUUUAUGAACCCCAGAAACCUUAGGGAGCUCUACAAAGUACCCCACUUCCUAGCCAUUUAAUGGGUCUACGUCUGUAUUCUCUGUCUGAAUCACCUGCCCAGGUAUGUACAGUUGGCCCAUCUGGCAAAUAAUACAUGAAAUGUUUACAUGUUAUUUUACCAGUAGCAAAAUAGGAUUCAUAAACAUCGAACGGUGCCAAAUGAAGUCAUUGCAAAAGCAGGUAGGAUCUUAGGAAGAGGGAAACUGUUAACUGGAAAAUACUUCAGGAAUAAUAGUACGUCUCUUCAAAGAACCUAUUCGGUUUAUAUUUUGCAUGAAAUAGGAAUUAACUACAGGGGCCGUUUUACGUAAGUUGAUUUUUUUUCCCCCUCAAAGGAACUGAAAUAUAGCAUCUAUUUUAUUCACUUUCUCCCCCCAAUCAGGACAAUGUUUCAUUGUGUAUGAACAAUUCCAUUAUGGGGUCCU